AUGACAUCGCACGCGGCAUCUGUACCAGGAGGCACUGUUUUAGAAAGUCCCAGGAGGGAUACUGGGCCCGCCCCGGUACCAUUUCCAGAUCCCACGCAGAAGCCGGCGCAGGCCGAGACGGGGAGUCCGAAAUUAAAAACGAGGCUGAAACUCCGUUCGCGGACGCGGUCGCGGUCCAGGAAGUUGUCGUUGGGGCGGAUUUUCCAGUUUGGGGGCGAUAGUGGGGAGAAGGCAGGCCGGGGCGUGUCUGGGGGCUCGAGCCCGACACGGGGGCCCGGCCGGAUAAGUGAGGGAAAGGGGGAGGAAAAAAAGGAAAAGGAAAAGGAAAAGAAGGAAAAGGAAAAGAAGGAAAGAGAAAAGAAGGAGAAGGAAAAGAAGGAGAAUGAAAAGAAGGAGGACAAAAAGGAAAAGAAAAAGGUAAAAAGAGAAAAAAAGGAGGAGGAAAGAAAGGACAAGAAGGACAAGAAGGAGAAACAGAAAAAAGAGAAAAGGGAUACAGAAAAGGAUUCAGACAAUUCCAAAAAAGAUCCAGAAACCAACUCAGAAACAGACCAAACAGACCCUCUAGGCUCGUCGACCUCAUCGUCGCGGUCGAACAGCAAAUCGUCGCACAGAAUCAAAAACCUGUUCUGGUUCUCGGGCAGCUCCGAACUCGGCGAAAAGGAAGAGGCGGCGGACGCAGGUGGGCAUUUUGUGCGGCGGUUCCGGCGGUUGCACAGCCAGACUGUGCCUUCGUCGACGACGCCGCCUGUAUUGGAAGAGGGUGUGCACGGCGCAGGGCGGCUUGUGAGCGCAUCGGAGUGCGACCUCAGCGAGCAGCGGUACAAGGACGAGGCGCUAGCGCCGAUUGAAGAGGCUCCGCGCACGGGGUCAAAGGCUUCAGUGCAGGGAGAAGGCGCCACAGCGCAGACCCGGGGCCGCGGGCGCAGAGGGACGAUCGGCGCGUCGGCGUCGUCGCUGUUCCAGAAGCGGUUUUGGCGUGGUGGCGAGUCGCCCAUGGACGGCUCUGCGUCGGAGGAGGGCGCAUCAAGAUCGUCGUCGUCGGCAACGUCGAUCGACGACAUCACAAAACACAUCGGAGAGAUCAAAAUUCAUGAAAGACCACAUAGUGAGUCUGUGGGCUCCGGAAUGGGCCGGAAUUACGCAAGCAACGCAGUGCGGGUUUCAGAUGCAGAGGUGGGCCCCGGAUCGUUCCGGAAGUUAAAGCUGUUGGGCAAGGGAGACGUUGGAAAAGUGUAUUUGGUGAAAGAAAAGGCGACGGGGCGACUUUUCGCGAUGAAGAUCCUCGACAAGAAGGAGAUGGUGGCCCGGAAGAAGGUGAAGCGAGUGUUGACGGAGCAGGAGAUCCUGGCAACGGCUAACCACCCGUUCAUAGUGACACUGUACCACUCAUUCCAGUCGCCAAGGCACCUGUACCUGUGCAUGGAGUACUGUAUGGGAGGAGAGUUCUUCCGGGCACUCCAGACGCGAAAGAUGAAGUGCAUCAGCGAGUCGGAUGCCCGGUUCUAUUCUGCAGAGGUGACGGCAGCGUUGGAGUACUUGCACAUGAUGGGAUUCAUCUACCGGGACCUCAAGCCGGAAAACAUCCUUUUGCACCGGUCGGGCCACAUCAUGCUUAGUGAUUUCGACUUGUCCAAGCAGACGGACCACAUCCACAACCCGGAGUUGGUCUCGGGCUCGCGGUCGACCUCCAAUCUGCCCCAGCUUGACACAAACGUGUGCACGACGGGCUUCAGCACCAACUCCUUCGUUGGAACUGAGGAAUACAUUGCUCCGGAGGUGAUCUGGGGCAAGGGCCACACUUCAGCCGUCGACUGGUGGACUCUAGGCAUCUUCAUCUACGAGAUGGUCUUUGGAAUCACUCCUUUCAAGGGUGCCACUCGUAACGACACCUUUGCCAACAUCUUGAAGAACGAGGUCAAGUUCCCGGAGUACAACUCCAUGUCCAGCAGCUGCCGCAACCUUGUCAAGAAGCUCUUGGUCAAGGAUCCGGUAAAGAGACUCGGCUCCAAGUCGGGGGCUUCCGAGAUCAAGAGCCAUGCUUUCUUUAAGACCGUGCAGUGGGAUCUUCUCCGCAACCAGAAGCCUCCUUUGGUGCCAGUGUUCACUCAGCGUCACAGGCAGGACCCACUCUAUCCAGCGGAGCUUUCUGAUGGGGAGGAGGGAAAUGGAAGUGUGAAUGCAAGUACAAAUGCAAAUGUGAAUGCAAAUACAAGUACAAAUGCAAGUACAAAUGCAAAUGUGAAUGCAAAUACAAGUACAAAUGCAAGUACAAAUGCAAAUGCAAAUGACACUGCAAAUGACACUGCAAAUGACAAUACAAAUACAAAUGACAAUGUCAAAGCUAUCUCAAAUAAACUCCUUCAAAAUACGAUCGAUCCUUCACAAAGCGACCCCUUCACCCAAUUCAACUCUAUCACCAUCCACCACGAAGACGAUGAUACCGACAUCAUGCUCUAUGAUGGCUCAGAGCUCGGUGACGUCAUCUAUAAACCAACCACACCCCAGGUCUCCUCUCCAACAAAGAAGUUCCUCAAGCUCUAG